UCAAAAAUUCAAAUUUCUUGUAGCAAAGCGGGAAAGGCGAUUGGAAACCCAUCGUUCGUAGAACACAACGAUCGCACUAGAGUCUAGACAAAGAAAUCAUACUCUAUCUUCAAAGUCCGCUGUUGCUUCGCCUUCGCCGGCGUCAAGGAUCUCUCCGGCGGAAAAAAGGGCGAAUCCAUUUCCGACUCAGGAAUGGCGGAUUCCACGACCAGUAGGAAGAAACCUCUCAGCCUCAACGAUCGUCAUUACCGCCUCCUUCAGGAUCUUUCUGCUCCUCCUAAGCCUUCUAUGGCCACCGCCGGUAAUGAUGAGAGAGAAGAAGAAGAGGAAAAAAAGCCCUCAAGAAUCGAACUUGAGGAUCAACGCCGCCUCAGUAAAGUAUCGUCUACUGUUGACGACUUUGAUGAUAAUAGAGUUCCGGAGCCUUCAGCUGUUAGUGCUCAAAACAAGCAGAGGAAGGUUAAGAUCAGUGGCCGACGCCGUCUGUGCAAACUCUCGUCUCGAGAAGAUGGUGACUUAGAUAAUCCAGUGGAGUUCGAUUUCAUUGAACCUAAAUUUUCUGGUAUUACUGAUUUUGAUUCUCCUUCUCCGCCACCGCCUCCGCCCGUUGAUGACAAGGAUAAUAAGGGAAGUGAAAUCAGGGAUAUUCUAAAUGACUUAAGCACGAGGCUUGAGCUUUUGUCUUUUCAGAAAAAGCGAGAAAAUUCGAGAAAAACUGAUUCUCUUGAAAACUUCUCGGCUUCUUGUGAUGAACGAGGAAUMGAGGAAGCCAAUAAAACCGAUGAUCGUGAGUUUGAUUGUCCGAAGUUUUUCUCCAAUCCAUCUAAUUCCUUGUUAGAUGAAAAUGUGAAAGUUGAGAAUGUUGUGAAGACUCUCAUUGACGAUGUGGAUGGUGAGGACGGAGAAGAAAUUCUACCAAAUAAGGCAAAGAUUGAUCUGUUUGACGAUGGAAUUCAUGAAGUUGAUACGUGCAGUACAGAGAGUGAACAACUUCUACAUAUAAAAUAUAAACCUCACGAAGGACAAGACAAAUACAAACGUCAGGAUGUAGAAAGAACAUAUAAUUCCCUAGGAAAAACUUUUGUGUUGAAAGAUGAAGAAAGGGAGGUAGAUGAUGAGGAUGAUUGUGUAGUUCUGAAUCGUGAAACAAUGGUUUUUAAUGAAGCAAGAAGGCAACAUGGCAAAUCCGAAGAGAAGAAUGAAGAUUCUGAUGGGAUCAACAUGUUUGAUAAAUCUGCUAAUUAUUUUAUCUUGGAGGGGAUAAGCUCUAUUGGUCAUAAUUCUGCUUUCAAAUUGCAAGGUAGAAUUGCAAAUAUGUUGUAUCCACAUCAGCGUGAUGGGUUACGGUGGCUGUGGUCUCUACAUUGUAAGGGUAAGGGUGGAAUCUUAGGUGAUGACAUGGGUUUAGGGAAAACAAUGCAGAUUUGUGGCUUUCUAGCUGGACUUUUCUAUUCGCGUUUAAUAAAGAGGGUCUUGGUUGUGGCACCUAAAACUCUUCUGCCCCAUUGGAUUAAAGAGUUAUCCGUUGUGGGUCUUUCUGAGAAAACGAGAGAAUAUUAUGGCACAUCAGCUAAACUUCGGCAGUAUGAGCUUCAGUAUAUUCUCCAGGAUAAAGGUGUUCUUCUCACAACUUAUGAUAUUGUAAGGAAUAAUUCAAAGGCUUUGCAAGGCAACCGCUUCACUGAAGAUGAGGAUACUGAGGAUGGAAAAACAUGGGAUUAUAUGAUACUUGAUGAGGGACAUCUUAUAAAGAAUCCUAGCACUCAAAGAGCCAAAAGUUUGCUUGAGAUACCUAGUGCUCAUCGCAUAAUUAUAAGUGGUACACCAUUGCAAAAUAAUCUGAAGGAACUGUGGGCCCUGUUCAAUUUUUGCUGUCCUGACCUGCUGGGUGACAAGAAGUGGUUUAAAGAAAACUAUGAAUGUGCAAUUCUUCGUGGAACUGACAAAAAGGCUUCUGAAAGAGAUAAGCGGAUUGGUUCAAUGGCUGCAAAGGAGUUAAGGGAACGUAUCCAGCCCUACUUUUUGCGUCGUCUGAAGAGUGAGGUUUUUAAUGAAGAUAAUGACCAAGCUGCUACCAAGCUCUCUAAAAAGAAUGACAUUAUUGUUUGGCUCAGGCUGACUAGUUGUCAGCGACGACUUUAUGAAGCUUUCUUGGGAAGUGAAUUGGUACUUUCAGCAUUUGAUGGCUCACCAUUGGCUGCCCUUACGAUUCUUAAGAAAAUAUGCGAUCACCCACUUCUUUUGACCAAGAGAGCUGCUGAAGAUGUGCUGGAAGGGAUGGAAGCUGUGCUCAGCCCAGAAGAUGCUGGUGUAGCAGAAAAGCUGGCAAUGCAUUUAGCGGAUGUGGCUGAUAGGGAUGAUUAUGAAGCGUAUCAUGACAACGUCUCUUGCAAAAUAUCUUUCAUAAUGGCUUUAUUGAAAAAUUUGAUCCCGGAGGGGCACAAUGUUCUUAUCUUCUCUCAAACUCGAAAGAUGCUCAAUCAUAUUGAGGAAUCUCUACUAUCCAAUGAUUACGAGUUCUUGCGCAUUGAUGGUACUACAAAAGCUGCAGACAGACUAAAGAUCGUAAAUGAUUUUCAAGAAGGUAGAGGAGCUUCUAUAUUUCUCUUGACAUCUCAAGUUGGUGGUUUAGGUCUUACACUUACCAGAGCAGAUCGUGUAAUUGUGGUAGAUCCGGCCUGGAAUCCAAGCACUGAUAAUCAAAGCGUGGAUCGUGCAUACCGGAUUGGGCAAACAAAAGAUGUUAUAGUGUAUAGAUUAAUGACGUGUGGGACUGUUGAAGAAAAGAUCUACAGAAAACAGAUUUACAAAGGGGGAUUAUUUAGAACCGCAACGGAGCACAAAGAACAGAUGCGGUACUUUAGUCAACAGGAUCUACGGGAGCUUUUUAGCCUUCCAAAGGAGGGGUUUGACAUAUCUGUCACACAGCAACAAUUGAACGAGGAACAUGACCGACAACAUAUGAUGAAUGAUUCUUUGAGAAGCCAUAUAAAGUUCCUAGAAACUCAAGGUAUUGCAGGAGUUAGUCACCACAAUUUGCUUUUCUCUAAAACUGCUCCAGAACCUGUACAUGUAUUGGAGGAAGAAGACGCAUCAUUUCGGAGGAUGAAAGAGGUUGCAUUUAGGGAAAAAGCGACAUCAAGUUCUUCACCAGAUCAUGAUAUAGACGGGGCAAGGUUUGCUUUCAACCCAAAGGAUGUGAAGUUGAAUAGAUUUACUACGAGUUCUAGCAGUCCAAGUAAGCCAACAGCAAAGGAAAUCAAAGAGAGAAUCAAUCGGCUGUCUCAAACUCUAGAAAAUAAGGGUCUUGUCUCAAAAUUACCAGACAGGGGAGAGAGAAUACAGAAGCAGAUUGAUGCACUGAAUAUACAGCUUUCUGAAUUAAAGAGAGAAGAAAAGGAAAACGAAAGUGAAAUCAUUGACAUCACCGAUGAACUUCAGAGGGUGUUGAAUGYAUAGGUUGUCUUGUGAUAUGAAGAUUGGGAUUUUUAUCACUAAGUCAUGGUCGAGGCCAACAAUUACCCAAACCUUUUAUAUACAUAUAUAAAUAUGGAGACAAGAAUUGAGGUUUUA